AUGUUGAGGUGUUUCCUCACACAUUUCAUAUUAGCAAUGCUGUAUGUUAAAAUAUUAACUCAAUCAGCAUUAUCACGUGCUUGGGAGGAAACUUUUCCUGGGCAUAUACCGUUUUGGGAGAAGUACACUACGGGACCACAUGGCGUUGUCAUUCGUGGGUGGCAAUUCAGUCGAUGUGCAAGCGAACAGUGGACGAACUAUGUAGUGAAUGUUUCAAACAUUGUCGUGUGGCCAGAUUAUCCACGUUUCCCGGGACCCAUAUUUUUCAAUGUUACAAUGGAUGUAAGCGAGGAAUUACCGCAGGACAAGAUCGAGAUGGAUGUGGAGGUAAGGCAUGCAGUAACGAAUAAACAAGGAUCAAAGGGGUGGCAGGUGAUUCCGUGCCAGGGUUGGAACAUCAUCGAUGGUUGUGAUGGAGUAGGUUCCUGUCGUUAUUGCGAUAUGUUAGACAAAUGUAGUGAAACGGUAAAAGCAGCAGACAAAUAUGUAACUGAUCGAAAAGCGCACGAAUUUAUCCGACAAAAUAAAUUGUGUCCUCCGCCAAAAGGACAUUGGACGAUGACAUUCAGCAAAGUGUUUACAACUGAGGAUUUACCCAAAAGUUUCUUCGGGCCAUUGCAAUCGAACGAGUACUGGUUAACCUUUUCAUUCUCGGACGGCAAAGACAAGAAGCUUGGGUGUGCACGUCUGUGGAUUGACGUAUGCAAGUACCAUUUACAAGACAAGCAGCAGAAAUGCUUGCGAGACCCGAAUGCAUUCAAAAAUUUCAUUAACGAGAUCAGCAGUCAAGUAGCGCAGAUCAGACAACGAACCAGUUCAUCCUGA